AUGUGGAAGCUCAAGGUGAGCGAAGGUGGCGGGCCGUGGCUGCGGUCGGCGAACGGCUUCCUCGGCAGGCACGUCUGGGAGUUCGACCCCGACGCCGGCACGCCGGAGGAGCGCGCCGAGGUCGACAGGCUGCGCGAGGACUUCACCCGCCACCGCUUCCAACGCAAGGAGUCACAGGACCUCCUCCUGCGAAUGCAGUAUGCAAAGCUAAACCGAUUUCCAGAAAAUAAACCGCCUGUGAAGCUUGAAAAGGGUGCGGAGGUUACAGAAGAAAAUCUGUUGACUUCACUGAGGCGAGCUCUGAAUCAAUAUUCUGCUCCACAAGCACAUGAUGGGCACUGGCCUGGCGAUUACAGUGGAAUUCUGUUCAUCAUGCCAAUAUUUGUAUUCGCUUUGCAUGUUACUGGGUCCCUUAAUACCGUGAUAUCAUCAGAACAUCGACGUGAGAUAUUGCGCUACAUUUACAACCACCAGGACGAUUUUGGUGCUUUUGCCGCUUGGUCUAUAUGGCCAUGGCAUAUCUCUAUGGAAAGAAAUUUGUUGGGCCCAUCACUGAAACUAUACUGGCAUUACGAGAAGAGCUCUAUAGCAUACCUUAUGACACUGUUGACUGGGACAAGGCUCGUCAUUCUUGUGCUAAGAUCUGUUGAAUGCACAUCUUCAGUGCUCGAAGCUCUGGUGCUGUUCAAAGAGCUAUAUCCACCAUACCAUGCCAAACAGAUAGAAAAAUGUAUUAAGGAUGGUGCUAUGUUUAUUGAGAAUAAGCAAUGGAAGGAUGGUUCAUGGUACGCCACUUGGAGUGUAUGUUUCACUUAUGGAACCAUGUUUGCAGUAAAAGGAUUAGUUGCUGCUGGAAGAACGUAUGAUACUUGUUCUCCCAUGAGAAAAGCAUGCAGCUUUCUGUUGUCAAAGCAACAAAUUACAGGUGGAUGGGGAGAAAGCUAUCUUUCAAGUGAAACAGGGAAUUAUGCUGAUGGAGGUACUCCUCAUGCAGUGAACACUGCUUGGGCAAUGUUAGCUUUGAUUUAUGCUGGGCAGGUUGAGCGAGAUCCGAUACCACUAUAUCAUGCUGCUAGAGAAUUGAUCAACAUGCAGCUAGACACAGGCGAGUUUCCGCAAUAAAGAACAUAUUGGAUCCUUUAACUCCUCUCUCUACUACAACUAUGCCAAUUAUCGCAACUUAUUCCCGAUUUGGGCUCUUGGAGAAUUUCGCCGCCGGCUUCUUGCAAACAAGAGAUAAUGUCAGUGCACAUUAUUACCAUCGUCAUAUCACGCUCAAGAUGUGGUUGUAAAGAAAUAAGAAAAACAUCCUUCCUGAGGACUUUUGUUUUUCCCUGAAAAUAAGAAUCACUCUGUUCAGACA